GUGAGGCAAAAAACAUCCCUCCAUACCCGGGGCCAAACAAGAUGAGGGACUGUUACUGCACCGUUAACCUGGACCGAGAGGAGGUCUUCAGGACCGAGAUUGUGGAGAAGUCACUCUGUCCGUUCUACGGGGAGGAUUUUUACUGUGAGAUCCCACGAAGCUUCAGACACCUCUCCUUCUACAUCUUCGACAGGGACGUGUUCAGGAGGGAUUCCAGCAUCGGCAAGGUUGCAGUAAAGAAAGAGGACCUGCAGAAAUAUCACGGCAAAGACACCUGGUUCCAGCUACAACCUGUCAGCGCUGACUCAGAAGUGCAGGGAAAAGUGCACCUGGAACUACGUCUUAGUGAAGUAAUCACAGACAACGGAGUCAUCAGCCAUAAACUAGCCACACGAGUGUUGGAGUGCCAAGGUCUUCCAAUCGUCAAUGGCCAAUGUGAUCCCUACGCUGCUGUUUCCUUACUCGGACCCUCAAGGUCAGAUGCCAAAAAGACCAAGGUGAAGAGGAAAAACAACAAUCCACAGUAUGAGGAGGUUUUCUAUUUUGAGGUGACACGACCAUUAAGUUACACAAAGCGACAGUUUGAUGUCGAAGAAGAGGACGUUGACAAACUGGCGCUGAGGGUGGAUCUGUGGAACGCCAGCAACCUGAAGUUCGGGGAUGAGUUCCUGGGAGGCGUGCGAGUUCCUCUGCGAGUCCUGGGUCAGGUCGGGGUUCACGAUGCAUGGUACUUUCUCCAGCCGAGGGAGAACGGAGGGAAGUCAGUGAAGGUGGAGGAGCUCGGCUCUCUGCGUUUGAACAUCGUUUACACCGAGGACCACGUCUUCCCGUCCGAACAUUACACUCCUCUCAGAGAUCUGCUGCUGUACUCUGCUGAUGUCCAGCCUGUGUCAGCGUCCACCGCUCACACACUGGGGGAGGUGUGUCGAGAAAAGCAAGAAGCAGCCAUUCCCCUCGUGCGCCUCUUUCUUCAUUAUGGCAAGAUCGUGCCUUUCAUCAGCGCCAUCGCUCACGCUGAAGUCAACCGCACACAGGAUCCAAACACCAUUUUCCGGGGAAACUCGCUGACUUCUAAGUGCAUUGAUGAGACCAUGAAGCUGGCAGGAAUGCACUAUCUGCAGGUCACACUUAAACCCAUCAUAGAUGAGAUCUGCACAGAACACAAACCCUGUGAAAUCGACCCGGUGAAGCUGAAAGAGUCGGAGAACCUGGACACAAACAGGGAAAACCUUCAUCAGUACGUCGACCGCAUCUUCAACGUCAUCACCACCUCUGGUGUUCGCUGUCCCACCGUCAUGUGCGAUAUCUUCUUCUCUCUGAGAGAGUCCGCUGCCACUCGUUUCCAAGUCGACCAGGACGUACGAUACACAGCAGUGAGCAGUUUCAUCUUCCUGCGUUUCUUUGCUCCAGCCAUCCUCUCCCCCAACUUGUUCCAUCUACUGCCGCACCAUCCAGAUCCCGCCACCUCACGAACCCUGACCCUAAUCUCCAAGACGAUCCAGACCCUGGGAAGUCUCGCAAAGUCUAAAUCUGCCAACUUCAAAGAGUCCUACAUGGCUGCGUUUUACGAGUACUUCAACGAGCAGAAAUAUGCGGACGCUGUGAAGAAUUUCCUGGACCUGAUCUCCACCUCUGGCAAAUGGGAUCAGAAGAGUAUUGAAACACCCAUCAUGCUCAAAGAGGGAUUUAUGAUAAAGAGAGCACAGGGGAGAAACAGGUUUGGAAUGAAGAACUUCAAAAAGAGAUGGUUUCGCCUCACGAACCACGAGUUUACUUACCACAAGACGAAAGGUGAAGGCGCUCUGUGCAGCAUUCCCAUAGAAAACAUCCUGGCUGUAGAGCGGCUGGAGGAGGAGUCUUUCAAGAUGAAAAAUAUGUUCCAGGUCAUUCAGCCAGAGCGAGCCCUCUACAUCCAGGCCAACAACUGUGUGGAGGCGCGCGACUGGAUCGACAUCCUGACUAAAGUCAGCCAGUGCAACCGCAAGCGCCUGAGCACCUACCAUCCCUCAGCCUACCUCAACGGCCACUGGCUCUGCUGCAAGCUGUCAGCGGACACAGCCACGGGAUGUACGCCAUGCACCGGUGGCCUCCCUGCAAACAUUCAGCUGGACGUGGACGGAGACAGAGAAACUGAGAGGAUUUACUCCCUGUUCAGCACAUACAUGACAAAACUCAUCAAGAUGCAAGAGGCCUGUGGCAGUAAGUCGGUGUACGACGGGCCCGAACAGGAGGAGUACUCCAGCUUUGUCAUCGACGACCCGCAGGAGACCUACAAAACCCUGAAGCUGAUCGUUUCAGCCGUGCAGACUUUGGAGGAGCAGCACACCAAGUACAAACGGGACAAGUUCAAGAAGACGAGGAUCGGCAGCCAGGAGCACCCGAUUGGAGACAAGAGUUUUCAGUGCUACAUCCACCAGCAGUCUGAGAGCUCCACCUACUCCAUCUAGCCAUGGUCCUGUAUACUGUUGCUGCCAUGAUGCACAGAACCAGCAUAUUUUUCACUUCUGCAAAAAAAUCCAUCUUUACACUGCUGUGGGUCUAGCAUUGAGUUUUAGAUAUUUCUCUUUUUUUAAUGACGUUUCCAGAAGUAGACGAUGAGCUGGAUUGGAGACAAGCAUCACGAGAUGUACCGCUUUGUUCAAGUUAAGAGGUUUAAAACCCACUGCCAGACUGAACGAGCUGUGUGGAUGGACAUUUUUUUUCUGUAGUACCUCGUGGUGGAUCACUCCAGGUCCGGAGAAACAGACCUCAGAUCAGGACAGAAAGAGAGGAACAGGCGUAGAUGCGUCUGAAGAAGAUAAUCACACCACGCGUCUGUUUGAGUCUCCUUUCGCUGAUGUGACGAGAGAACAAACAAACGUUUUCACUGGACAAUUUUGACAGUGAGCGACACGCACUUUAAUCGUCUCCAAAUCUGUGGAUGAACAAGCCUCGCAGCACACUUUCAAAAAGCUUAUUUUAUCUGUUUGAUUUGUAUUUGGUUGUUUUAAAGGUUGUUUGAAAUGUUCCGUUGUAUUUCACGUCUGACAGACCAAACUCUAGAAGGAAAGGACCGUGUUUUUAACCCUCUGUGGGGUGUUUGUUUUUGUUAUGUUUUGUCCCCAACCUCCUCAGGAAGGCUGCGAAGGUCGAGAGAACAAAAGAAGGGAUUAUCAGGACCAAGCACGGCCUGAAAACAGCCUGACGUUGGCCAGGAGAAAAUCACUCCACAGGCAAUUUUAUCCCUCAUUUUUGAAAUCCUUGUCAUCAACAUGCUAACAGGUUGAAGAGUUCACGUUUGAAGCCUUGUUCUGUUGUGGUUACACUGGCAGUCGUGCUCUGUGUAACCAGCACCUGGCCUAAACAAAUAGCUUGGUUAUGGAGAGGUUUUUUUUCGGCCAACACUGAGUCAGACGAACCCACAGGUGUCUUUUUAUGUCUUUGUAUGCUGAUUGUGUGUUAAUACGUCUGCGGACGUCAAGGUGCAACUUCACUUGUAGAUCGUAUCCAAGUUCAAAACCAGUUUGUGUUGAUAUCAGAGCAGAUUAACCCAUUUUGAAAAGGCCCCUGGUAACUCCCACAGUCUGUGAAUUUGUGCAUACGCACAACUUUAUCUAGUAAAAUGUACCAUGUAACCACAAUUUCAAGUGAAAUAACAAAGUGCUUAUAAUAUGCACCCAUUGGCUCUUUAUAUUCAUAUUCCAUACAACAUAAAAUACGUCUUUACUGGUGGAUAUGCAUGGAGAACAUUUUAAUGCCAUCCAGUAAAUAAGAUCAGCAGCAUACAGACAUGAUGAUCGUGUUGGUUAAACUCUGUGUUAGAGGAAAAAAAACCAAACGAUCCUUUCAAGCAUCACGAAUCAGAAUCUGUUAGUCCAGCUCAUUCGCUCUGAUGCCAGGUUUUUAGCUUCACUCCUAAUUUUUUCAUGUACUUACAGUCUCCAGUUAUGAUUGUGAACUGGAUUGUGUGUUCCUGAUUGUGUUGCCCAUUUGGCUGCCUGAUGAUGUUCUUUCUAUUUUAGUGACUUAGCUCCGUCUUACUAUUGGAAGAAGCCGCCCCCUGUAGCUUGGAACCUGUUUAUGUGCAUUCCUCUGAGAAACUGCGCGCUGUGAAUCUCACUGGUCAGGAUUUUGUUGAAGGUACAGGGUUUAUUGUCGUUAAUCCGGCCGUGUUGUGUUUUUCGACGCCUCCCCCUCCUCCAAAGGCAACCGCAGCUCUCUUUUGGCUUCCAACGUUCAUCAGCACUCACUCUCUUGCCAAAACCUGUGCAUGUGAAGUAUAGUCGUAGCCACACAGGGACGGUGGCCUCUGCAGUGUGCGACCAGGUGACCACAAACCACUGAAUUGAAUUUUUGUAUUUUCCAAAAAUGGUUGUGUAGCCUGACGGGUGCUCAGGUGGUCACAGGAUCCCCCCCAAACAGUGCCAGUCUUCACUUUUCUAAAAUUAUUUUUGAAAAAAACAAACAAAAAAAUAUAUCAUUGUUUAGACAUGUUUUUUAUAUAUAUCUCAGAACCUAUAACUGUUUUCAAAACGGACAGUGAUUAUUCAGAUGACAUCUUUUUUCUUUGUCGAAUAUGUGGAUGUUGAGGAAAGAUUGUUCGACUCUGUUUUCUAUCUUUGUCUUGUCAUACAGGAAUCUUGAAUUAACUGACUGAGAUGUGAGUGUGUGUGUGAGUGUGUUUGUGUGAGUGUGUGUGUGCGUGCAUGUGCGUGUGACUGACAAGAUGGGUUGUAUUGCCAAUUGAAUGAACCCGGUGUUACAGGUCAGGAGAGGCAGCGUCCCACUUAAAAUAUAAAAAAAUCACUGCCUGUACUUUUACUAAAGACUCUAUAGUCGCACUGUGGAAGCUUUGUUCUGCUCUGGCCUCAUAUAAAGUUUCUCUUCUUUCUUCUUGUAUAGAACCACUGAUCCUUUAAGACACCUUUGCCAAUUUAUUCUCCCAAAACAUGUAACACAGUAAUAACACUGAUGAAACAUGAAGCAAAAACAUUUCUGUCUCUCAUCCCCAAACUGGAAAUCAUAUUUAUUAUUAUUUGGGUUUUUUUGCUCAAACUUUCCCAGAAACAUCAUUGGUGGGGGUAAUCGCAGUUACAGUAAUACACCCCCCCACCCCCCCGCAGCCUAUACAGGAAUGACUUAUGCAAUAAUUGUGUUUCAGCAUGCAAUAAUAUUAACAAA